GCCCUCUCGUUCUAGGGCAACCGUUUCGUCCUCCUCCCUCGCGAAAUCACCGAACCCCUCGCGCGAGGCGCCGCAAAAGCUUUGAGCGUAGCAGCGAUCAUGGCGGUUGGGAAGAACAAGAGGAUCUCCAAGGGCAAGAAGGGUGGGAAGAAGAAGACUGUUGAUCCGUUCUCGAAGAAGGAUUGGUACGACAUCAAGGCGCCCUCCGUGUUCAACGUGAGGAACGUCGGGAAAACCCUAGUCUCGAGGACUCAGGGUACCAAGAUUGCAUCCGAGGGUCUCAAGCACAGGGUUUUUGAGAUCUCUUUGGCCGACCUUCAGAAUGACGAGGACCAAGCUUACAGAAAGAUUAGACUUCGUGCUGAGGAUGUGCAAGGAAAGAAUGUCCUCACCAACUUCUGGGGCAUGGACUUCACAACGGACAAGCUCAGAUCUCUUGUGAGGAAGUGGCAGACUCUCAUUGAGGCUCAUGUUGAUGUGAAGACUACCGACAACUACGCUCUGAGAAUGUUCUGUAUCGCCUUCACUAAGAGACGCCCUAACCAGGUUAAGCGGACUUGUUAUGCUCAAUCCAGUCAGAUUAGACAGAUUCGCCGCAAAAUGAGAGAGAUUAUGGUAAACCAAGCUACAUCCUGUGAUCUUAAGGACCUGGUGCAGAAAUUUAUCCCUGAGGUCAUUGGGAAGGAGAUUGAGAAAGCAACUUCGAGCAUCUUCCCUCUACAGAAUGUCUUCAUCCGCAAGGUCAAGAUCCUAAAGGCCCCUAAGUUUGAUUUGGGGAAACUCAUGGAGGUCCACGGUGAUUACAAGGAGGAUGUAGGUGUUAAAGUGGAUAGACCUGCGGAAGAUGUCCCAUUGGAGGGUGAGCAAGAAAUUGUUGGAGCCUAAAGGAAGUUGGAAACUCAUAUUAAAAUUUUCAUUUAAUGGAUCUUGGUUGUUUUUAAAAGAUAUGUGUUAUCCAAGCAACAUUUGUUAUGGAGUGGACCUCGAGCAGUUUUGGCCGUUGAAUAGCUGCUUUUGAUUGUUUUUUAGAGUUCAUCGGCAAAUGAUUACUUUUUUCGGAAACUCGAAUUGCUUUUGUUUCUUUCUUAUUGAGCUGUCAGCAUUUUCCUGUUAUUGUUAUUGCUCACUACUUUUCGAGUAAUGUUCUUUUGGGGUGCAA